CUUCCCUCUGCCGCGCCGACCGUUUCUCUUUGACAUCCAUCUCCGCGUCCCAGCCUCGACCAUGCCGCCCCAGCCCCGCAAAGGCCCCAACAUCCUCCUCAUGCUCGGCCUCUUUGGCCUUUCCUCCGUAACCUUCCUCAUCAUGUCCGAACGCCGGCACCGGGAUCCUCGAGUCUCGCGCAAAGAGUUCCCUGGCCCUCUUCUCGGCGACGGCGGCGUCAAGAUCGACAUCGAGCCGGGAAAGAAGGGUGUGUGGUAGUGCGCACCUGCGAGAGCGCGACGGCGCCGGCAGUGUCAACUUCGGUCUAGACGCGAGACGAGCUGGCGGCAGAGCUUCGUCCUCCCUCGGCGUCCACGUUCGCCCACAUCCGCCUUCCAGUAAGCGUAGAACAGACAUCAUGUACACUAUCAAUGCAUAUCCUAGCCGUUUUUC